AAAAAUUGCAGUACAAAAAAUAUCAGCAACAAUGGUAUAUAAAACAAUUACGAAGUUUGCCUUCACAGUAGGCAUUCUUGUCUCUUGGAGCACAUUAUCAAUAGAACAUGAGAAUCAUACUUUUUUCGAACUUCCAAAUUAUGCAGAUCUACACCUAUGCAACAAUAUGAACACUUUAAAUUUUUUGAACACGAAGAUGACCGAUAUCGGCCCCGAUUUUAUCAGCAGUUCUGUAAUAAUCUGCCUGAAUUUUACAAAUAACUAUAUUGAAAACAUCGCACAUAAUGCUUUCACAAAUCUUCCAAAUCUAUCGUAUUUAUUUCUUGUUAACAAUUAUUUAUAUUAUGAUUAUGAUAAUAUAAACUUUGGAGAUCAUGAGAAGUUAAAUGUUCUUGUUGUAAACAAUACAGCGUUUUACACAUAUGAUUCAAAUGGAGAAUAUGUUCCAACGACUGAAAUGAGUCGUUUUGCAGUUUUCGGAAAUUAUCCUAACUUAGAAAUCUUAUCUGUCCAUAACAGCUGCUUGAACGACCUCAGAGCGCAGUCAGAAACAUCUCAAUUCUCGUCUGUGACACAACAAGUUGAAUUCCCUAAAUUGAAAAUUUUGGAUCUUUCCGGGAACUUUAUAGGAUAUUCCUCCAGGCUAGAAUUUAUGAAUUUGUUGUCAAACAGUUUACAAUUUCUUGACUUACAUAAUAACAAUCUUAAUUAUUUGACGUUAAAUGAAAAAGGAAGCAAUUUACUUGUAUUGAAUGUGGACAAUAACAAUUUUCAAUACGUAUAUAAACUGUCAUAUAACGGUUUAUCUUUAGGUAAUCUGAAAAAUCUCCAAUAUCUUUCUAUCAGCAACAAUAGAAUAUACACUAUUGAAUUGGGUGCUUUUCAGGAUACCAAUAAAUUGAUUUAUCUCAAUUUAUCCACGAACUCGAUAAGUAAAUUGGAUUCAGACACAUUUGCAAAUUUGCAUUCUUUGGACACACUUGAUUUAAGUUUCAAUCAGCUCAAUUAUGUUCCACAGAUCUUAAAAAGCACAAACAUAAAAAUUUUACAUUUAAGUUGUAAUAAAAUAGAGAAAAUAAUUUCAUAUGAUUUUGCGCAGUCACCGAAAUUGAUAAAAUUGUUAUUAGGAGGAAAUCGAAUUGAUGAAAUAGAUGUUGACGCGUUUGAUUUUCUCUAUGCUCUGGAAAAGCUAGAUUUGUCGAGAAAUAAAUUAAGUUCUCUACCGGAAGGAUGGACUGCAUUUCUCACAUCUCUGAAAUAUUUGGAUUUAAGCGAUAAUAUGUUCACGUCGCUAGAAUCUUUAUCACUCACAAACACACUGUCGUUGAUAGAUCUGUAUUUGGCGAUGAAUUCGCUAGAAUAUCUGAAUAUUAAAUAUUUUAAGAAUUUGCCACAAAAUCUUACUGUACACUGGACACAACAAUCAAAUUUUGCACAGCUGUACAAAUGUUAAGAUUUUAAUAGUAAUACAAAUAGAUGUUUGAGUUUAUAUCCACACACACAUGUUUCAUUGCAGUUAACAAAACUUCGACAUUUUGUAAAAUAUAUUUAUGUAUAAUAUAAAUCGAUUCGCAAUCUUAUGUAACACGAUUACAAUUGUAAUAGUUAAAUUAUUUAUUCGGAAUUUUGAUAAGUCAUUUAUAUAAUUACUUU